CUUUUUUACUCAUUCCAUUGGGAACUCAUUCAUGAGCAAAAGAAUCUUGCAUAAUUGCCGUUUCAAUUGAAAGUCCUGAUUUUCCUGAGUAGUAAUGGAAAUUGGAGUGAAACAAGAGGAAAACCUAUUAAAAUUCGUGCCUGUGAAGGAUGAAUUUUCAGUGAAAAAGGAAGAAGUCUUUCUUGGCAAAAAUGCUGAAGUUGAGAGUGAGACUGUUGAGUUUGUCAUCCAGAAAGUGAGAGAACAGAAGCACAAAUGCCACUUUUGUGGCAAAUCUUGCAAAUCAGUUUACAAUCUCAAGGAUCACAUGGUGACUCACUCAAAGGAGAAGAACUUCCAGUGUUCUGAGUGCCUGAAGUGCUUCGGGAACCAGAGACGACUGGAUAAUCACAUGAAGACGCACAGUGAUGAAUCCUUGCCGUGCAAUCUCUGCGCGAAGACCUUCAAGAGUGCCACACAUCUCAAGUUCCACAUGCAAAGGCACUCCGGAGGGAAGAAGCACGAGUGCGAGAUGUGCGGAAAGAGAUUCUCCGACAGCAGUCACAAGAGGAGACACAUCAGGCAGAUUCACGAGGGAAAGAAGCCGGAAAAGGGCUUGAAAUCCAGGAUGCCAUGCAGUCAGUGCGGAAAGAUCUUGUGGAAUAAAGCAUCGUACGAGAGACAUCAGCUGGUGAAGCACAGCUCGAGCAGGAAUCUCAAGUGUCCGCUGUGUCCCAAGGCAUUCAAGCUGAAGUACAAUCUCACGGAGCACAUGCUGGUGCACAGCAAAGAGAAGCCCUUCGCCUGUGACGUGUGCCAGAAGGGAUUCAAGAGGAAGUCCAAUCUCAUGUCGCACAGCGCCAGUCACGAGAGCCAACCAACAAUUUGCCAGUAUUGCAGCAAGACGUACAGCAACAGGGAGAAUCUCAAGGCACACAUACGAAGUCGCCACAGAGGUCUUCCUCCCGACAUUAGAGCCACAGACGAAGUCGUCUUCUGCACAGUUUGCACGAAAGACUUCCAAAACUUGGCGGCACUGAAGAAUCACGUGGAAAUUCACGUGAGAGACAAGAAGAGGAAGCUCUGCGUCUGUCCUUAUUGCGGGAAAACACUCCUGGAUUGGCACAACUAUCAGAGACAUCUCGUUAUUCACAUUGAUGUGUCACCCUUCAAGUGUGCCACGUGUGCGAAGACAUUCAAGCGAAAGGACGCAAUUGUGAAGCACGUGAGGAUUCACAUCAAGAACAGACCCAGAUUCACCUGCAAAGUCUGCGGCGCGAAAUUGAUACACAAGAAGACACUGAGACAACACGAUCGCAAGCAUGCUCUUCAGAUGGACACGACAAGGAUAAAGAUCGAGACGGACGACAAUUAUCUGCAGACUGAGAUUGAGAUUUCAGGAACGAUGAUAACUAAAGCUGACACUUUGGUUGUCUUUAAGCGUGAAGAGGAGCUUCAAAUACCCUUCCUGACUGUGCUUGAUCAUGUGUUUGCCAAUGCCGAUCUUCGAUGUGAACUUCCUGGAGCAAAAGGCGCACUCCAGAGCUUCAGUCUUGAGAUGAACAGUGGCAAAAUGAACUGCCAAUUCACUUCUUCCACGACAAGCUUCUCCACACUUGGAGCACUUCAGCAGAUUCAUCUUUUCCUUCCCAUGGUGACUUUGCUUCACAUGCACCAACAUAACGCGCCUCUCCUUAAAUCCCUGCCCACACAUCGAGCAUUCGUGUGGCCUUUCAUUGGCGUGCACGCCAAUGUGUGCCAUCAGGACUUUGAGAUUUGCAAACUGCACUUUGCACGCUUAUCCUCUGUGUCUGACUUUCCUGCUGCACACGGGACAAGUGUAUAUCCACGGACUGUGCACUCUCAUGUGCUUCCUCACAUCCUCUCUGCACUUGAACGUCUUGUCGCAUCGCGAGCACGUGAACUUCCUCUCGUCGCUGUGACGCCUCUCAAUGUGCUUCCUGAGGUACAACUUGUUGCCGAACGCAUCGCCACACUGAUCACAGGUGAUCUUCUCCGGCCUCGGCACACCCAUUCCCUCGUGCUCUCGCACCAUGUGAUGCUUCCACGUGCGCGAGGUGACGAACUUCUUGUCGCACUCCUGACACGAGAACUUCUUCACGCCCAUUUGCAUGCCACACGUCUUGCAAGGAUAUGUCUUCCUCUCCUUGCUGUGCCUCAUCACGUGCUGCUGCACGUGAGACUUGAGUUUGAACGUCUUGGCGCAGAGAGCGCAUUCGAAGGGCGCGUCGAUGGUGUGAGUGGCAAGAUGAAGGUUCAAAUAUGUCUUUCCGCGGCAUCCUUUGCCACACUGAGGACACUUGAGGAUCCUCGAGGGCUUGUCAGUGCACCCAUGAAGACCAACGAUGUGAGCUUUAAGGACACGUCUUUGCUUAAAACCCUUCCCACAUUCCGGACACUCAAACGGUCUCUCGUCAGCGUGAAUGCGAAUGUGUUCCUUGAGCGUCUUGAUGGUGUGAAAGACUUCCUUGCACGCUGUGCAAGUCAUGGGACGACCAUCAAUGAUCUCCAUGGGAAAGCCUCUGUGCUGAGCAUCGAGGUGAUUCUUGAACACAUGCUUGCUCUUGUACACUUUGCUGCACACCACGCAGAAGUAGAGCUUCACCUCAUCAUGCACAAUCUUCUCGUGCACCUUCACGUGCUUCACAGACUUGAACAUCUUCGGGCAUUUGGAGCACUUCACGGACUUCUCGUUCGUGUGACUGAACAUGUGACCAUCGAAGGAUUGCUUGUUGUAGCAAUUCUUCCCACAAAUGUCACAGGUGAAUUGAUUGCGUGGAAAGCCCGUGUCUGUCUCUUCAUGAAAACUCUUCAGAUGAUUCCGCAGAUUCCUCAAACUCGCCAAUCUCAGGCCGCAUACCUGACAAUUCACACAAUCCUCGCCACUCAUCCGCUCGAUGCCACAAAUCUGGCAACUGUAGACUUUCCUUUCCUUGCUGUGCGUCAUCACAUGAGCGGCAAUUUGCGUCUUCCGCUUGAAUCUCUUCGAGCAAAUGGCACACUCAAAUGGCAACUCAUCCGUGUGAAGAGCCUGAUGAAGAGCCAAAUGCGUCCUUCCGCGACAUCCUUUGCCGCACACACUGCACUUCAGCACCUUAUUCAGCGCCUCCGGACGCUCGUGCUGAAGUCUCAUGUGUGUGCGCAGCUUUCGUUUGUCAAUGAAGUCCUUCUGGCAAAUGGCACAUUGGAAGGAUUUCUCACCCGCGUGCACGCCAACGUGAAUCAUCAGCUUAUCCAGACUGUCGUACACUUGAUGGCAGGCUCACUUCGGGCAGUACGGACAGUUGAAGAGCAGCAUCUUGUGUCUCUUCACAUGCACGCGCAACUGUUGGGCAGUCUUAAAGGCCUUGCUGCAGAUGCCACAGCUGAAGGACUUGUCAGUCCUGUGAGUCUUCAGAUGCACUCUCAGAUGCACCCGAUGCUUGAACAUCUUCGGACAGCGCGGACACUCAAUCGUGCGCUCAUCCGAGUGCUGAUGACACGUGAAUCUGUUAUUGGGCAACUCCGUCGUGGCCGCGUCCUCGUGGAAGCGCACAAUGUGGAACUUCAGGCUGCGCGUCUCGAGGAACGUCUUGCCACAGUGGCGACACUCGUGACGCCGGAUGCCGAGGUGUCUCUUCAAGUGAAUCCUCAGGUACUGCACAUUGGGGAAGGUCUUGCUGCACAACUUACACUCGUGCAACUGCCCAUCGGCAUGGAUCUUCAGGUGUGUCAGCAACCGACGCUCAUCUGUGAAAGUCUUCCGGCAUUGCCGGCACUUGUGCUUGCGCUCCUUGGAGUGAAUUGUGAUGUGAUACCGAAUAUCCCGGCGAUGACGGAACGCCUUGCCACAAAUGGCACAAAUGUGCUUCUUCUCCACCUCAUUCUUGACCUUGUCACUCCCAUUCUCUUGCCGAUAAACCGGAAUUUGGCUGCCAAAGACGCACAUUUGAUGAUACUUUUCUUUUAUUCCUGGAAAAAUAUUCGGAUUACUUUGAGGACUUUGAGAUUCUCCGAUUGUCCUUGUUAUCCUCAGAAAAUGGAAAAUGACGAAGACGUAAAAGAGGUGAAAGUAAAGUGUGAGAAUGUAGAAAAUGAGCAGGAAUUCGAUAAAAUCGUGAAGGAUGAAGAAAAGAUAUCCAGGAAACCGAGAAAACCCCGAAAGCAGGAGUUUGGAAAGCUUGGAAAUGUGAAGGAGAAUAAGUUCAAGUGCACAGAAUGCGACAAAUCCUUUGCGUGUCUCUCCAAAAUCAAGACGCACAUGUCUGUGCAUGUGACAGAAAAGUCCUUCUUUUGCACACAAUGUCCGAAAGCCUUUGCGGAUCAAAGUCGAUUGAAGACUCACAUGAAAACCCACGUUGAGGGGAGGAAAACUUACCCUUGUCAUCUGUGCGAGAAGACCUUGACGACACCGGAAAGUCAGAAGAGACACAUUGAAACUCAUUCCAAAAGCACAGAACAUCGAUGUGUUUCGUGUGAUAAAGUCUUCAGCAGAGCCUGCGAUCUCAACAGUCACAGUGUCAUCCACUCCACGGAGAGACUCUUCAAGUGUCUGAUCUGCGAGAAGGCCUUUCCCACAGCUCGACUCCUGAAGAACCACGGAACACUGGCGAAUCAUCACACGAGUGAUAAGAAGACCGUUUCAUGUCCACAAUGCCAGAAGACCUUUGGCUCCAACACACACUUGGCCACACACAUGCAGAAGCACUCCAAGGAUUGGCACUUUCCCUGCCCACUGUGCGGGAAGAGGUUCAGGAAGCCAACAUAUCUGCGUAUUCAUCUCAAGAGACACAGCAGCGAUCGCCACAUGUUUGAGUGUGAGAAGUGCGACAAGAAGUACACGACAAAUGCGCGUCUGAUUGAUCACGUGCAGCGGAAGCAUCUGGGCAUGAAGACACCCGAGAUUGCCAAGAAGUCGUACACAUGUGAGAUCUGUGGCAAAGUCUCCUACACGGGAUUCGUUCAUCGGCAGCACGUGACGUCUCACAGUGGAAUCAGGGAGUUUCAGUGUCCCAUUUGCGCACGCAUGCUGAGGACAAAGGCAAACCUCAAAGGUCACCUGAAGACACACAAUAAGCCACAGAAGAUCAUUGAGUGUGGCAUCUGCAAGAAGACCUUCAAGAGACAAACUAAUAUGGAUUAUCACAUGAAGAAACACUUUCAGCCCACCAUUUGCUGCAUCCACUGCGGAUUGGAGCGCAAGACUGAGUGCGAUCUGAAGAAGCACACUGAACUCUUCCACAGAGGUCUUCCAAUGUCUCCAAACAGCACAGUGUGCACAAUUUGCCAUGAGGUCUUUGAGAAUCUGGAAACACUCAAGGAACACGUGAAAAUCCAUCCAGUUGAGCUACGCUUUGAGUGCGGUCACUGUGGAAAGAAGUUCCUGGACAAGCAGAGAAUCAGACAACACAUUCGCAUCAUGCAUGACAAGACAUACACCAAAGUCAAGAGGCCCUGCAAAGAGUUCACCUGUCUUCAGUGUGGAAAAAUCUUGCAGGGAAAACGCGGUUUUAUGGCACAUAGAGCUUCACAUUCUGAUGAGAGACCUUUUGAGUGCUCAAUUUGCAAUAAGAAGUUCAAAGUUGAGAGCUUUCUGCAGAAACACAAGAAAACCAUUCAUAACGCCAACAGACCAAACUUUCCCUGUCGAAUUUGUGGCGUUGGAAUAAAGCAUAAGAUCAACAUGAAGAGACAUUUGCGAAUCACGCACAACAUCACAGAGGAGAACACAAACAUUGGCGAAGCAGAUGAGAAAAAAUUCCCAAUUAAUCCAUCAGAUAUAAAGAUUGAGAAAACUGAGACUGAUUAUCCAGAAUUUCACAGCGAGAUGGAAAUUGCAGAAACAGUGAAGACGGAAUUUGUGGAUGAAUAUGUUAUUACAUUUGAGCAAGAUUAAAGUCGGUUUAGGAGUUAAGAUUACAGAAUAAAACUAUCAUUU